AUGGGCGCCGAGUACCUGGCCGCCAACGUGCGGCUGCUCAGGUUCGUGGGCGUGUGGAACGACUACCCCGACGGCUCGCUCGCGCGCCGCGCCUACCACCUGCUGACGGCCUUCGUGGCGUGCGCCUUCGUGCUGCACCUCUGCACGCAGUUCGCGUUCCCCUUCUCGCACAUCGACGACCCGGGCGACGCGCUCGAGGGCUUCAACCUGACCACGGUGUACGUGGUGACGUUCCUGAAGAUGCUGACGCUGCUGCGGCGGCGCGCCGAGGUGGCGGCGCUGAUGCGCGGGCUGGAGCGCAGCGGGGGCGGCGCGGAGGCGGGGAUCCUGGCCGAGGGAGACCGCCACGCGGACCGCCUCACGCGCUGGUUCAGCGCGCUCACGGCGCUCGGCACGGGCUUCUUCUUCCUGCACGCGGCGCUGACCGUGGCGCCCACGGUGGCGCCCUGCUCCGCCGGCAACCGCUCCGUCGACGAGCACUGCCUGGACCCGGACCGCAACCUCGUGUACCCGGCCGAGUUCCCCUUCGACACGGCGGGCGACUCGCUGGGGCACGUGGGCGCGCUGGUGUUCCAGCUGGUGGGGCCGGGCCUGUUCGGCAACGCCGUCAACCUGGCGGCCGACAUGCUGCUGGUCAGCGUGCUCAUCCACCUGCGGGCCCGCUUCCGCGCGCUCGGACACUUGCUGCGGCAACUGGACCCCGGCCUAGGGCACCGCCGGCUGUGCGAGUGCGUGCGCCUCCACCAGGAGCUCUACAGGUUGUCAGCAACCGUGGGCGACAUCUUUAGCCCCUUGUUGUUCAUGCAGUGUUUCUUCAGUUCAUUGUCCUACUGCAUCAUACUGUUCCACCUGACCAUGGUGAGCGAUGACGGAGUCCACCUCCUGAAGAACGGGCUGUUCCUGCUCACGCACAUGGGCCAGCUGCUGCUGUUCUGCUGGUUCGGCACGCAGAUCUACGAGGAGGUGAGGCUGUCCCCGCCUGUUCCCACACCCCGUGUCGUGUCGCAGUGGCUGGCUUCGGGCUGGCGCGACCCCGCAGAGGCGUCAGCUGCCGUGGUUGGCCAGGAACCCCGGUGGCUGAAGACGCACGCCUACUUCCCCGCAUGA